AUGGCGGCUGCCGUGACUCUGAAGCCGUAUGGCAAUGGCUUUGAACCAAGCUUCACACUCCCUAAAACACCGACAGAAGCCCCGAAAAAAGUAACACAGGACCCGGGCCAGUCUCUAGUCGAGGAAGCCGAGCGUCUGAAGCGCGAACCUACGUUUGUUGAUGUUGACGCUUGGCCCCACCACUUCGAGUCGCCCAUGGCCUGGACUGGUCAGGAACUAGGUGACUCGUCGACUUAUACGUAUUACCUCUCUCCAGAUGAGGCGCUAGAGAUUGAUAAUGGCCUCAAGAACUUCAAAAGCCUGGGUCUUUGGGGCGGCGAUAUCAGCCCCGAGAACUUCUCUCUUCCCACAUUGGCCCCUAAGCUGGCUCUCCUUGCUCGAGAAGUGCACCUCGGUCGUGGCUUUGUUAAUAUACGCGGGUUGGAGCAUGACCGAUACUCUCCCGAAGACACAAGUCUGGUUUUCAUUGGCAUCUCCAAGUACAUUGGAAAUCGAAUCGGGAAGCAGGAUGAGGGCUACGCACUAGGCCACAUCCGCGAUGCGAAUCGUUCCGAGACGACGCAAGACAAUCGUCCAUUCCGGGAUUCCAAUCUGGCUCUGACUUUUCAUACCGACGGAUACUGCCCCAUACUAGGCAUGCAGAUGAGAGCUGAGGCCGCUGAAGGGGGCGACCAUCUCUUUGCUUCGUCAUGGGCCGUCUACAACGAGCUUGCUGCGACGCGGCCCGACAUCAUCCGUACACUGGCGACUCCGAACUGGUACUUUGACCCCCGCGGGAUUCAUGAUGAUCCGCGACCGCACGCUCUCUUCUUCUAUGAGGGAGAGUCCCACUCGGGAGCUGGUGACGGCAGAUUGAUGACCAACUUCAUCCGCUACCUCUUGACUGGUCGGCCUGGGGUGCCGAAACUGGUCACAAGCCCAGACUGCACACCGGCGCAGGUAGAAGCCCUGGAUGCUGUCGAAGCCCUUGCGCGCAAACAUGCGCUUAGGCUUGAUGUGAAACCGGGUGACAUUACUUAUGUCAACAACUGGUCGAUGCUGCACUCGCGGACUUCAUUUCAUGAUGACGAUAAUCAUGUGAGGUACUUGGUGCGCAUCUGGCUCAAGAAUGAAUCCCCGGCCUUUGCGUGGCCGCUUCCGGACAUCUUUCGCAUGGGACACAAGAAGAUCUUCGAUGAUGAUAAUGAUCAGAACACCUUGAAGUGGAACAUCGUGCCACAGCCACGUCUCAAGUUCAAGAUCUAUCAGACAUUGGCUCAGGCGUGA